GCAGACGAAUUUUGGCAAAAAAGUUAAACAUGCUUUCCGCUGAAUUGAAGAAAGAAAAGGCUAUUAAUCCCUUAGAUAAAUUAACAAUUGGUCUAAAUAUUUCUCCAAUCGAUAUAAACCAACCUGAAGAAGUGGAGAUUCAAUUCCAAUCGAAUCAAGCAAACACAAUCACAAAAAAAGAAAAAACUUAUGGCAAACUUUUAGCAAAGCAGAGAAAACGAUGGACAGCAUUCGAUGAAGAUUUACCAUAUGAACUCCUAAAAAAUGAUGGGUCAGAAAGUACUAGCGAAAGCGAAGAUGAAGAAGAUAGCAUAACAAUUUUAAAGAAUAUGAAAUCCGCUAUUCAAAAUGGAAAUAAAGAAAAAAAGAAGACAAAUUCAAGUAAAACAAAAAUGUCUUUUUCAAAAUUACUAGCUCAAAGACAAGAUAAUAUUAAUUUAUUCCGCAAAAAUCACGGAAUUACUAUUGGUGGAGAAGUUGUUCCAGAACCAAUUCAAAAUUGGAAUGAUCUACAAAAGCAAUAUAAAAUAAAUUAUAAUUUAUUAGAAAAUAUUUUGAAGAGUGGUUAUGAAUUGCCUACUCCUGUUCAAAUGCAAGCAAUUCCGGCCAUGAUUGAAAGACAUGAAGUUCUAGCUUGUGCUCCCACUGGAUCUGGAAAAACUAUGGCCUUCAUUAUACCGUUAAUUCACUAUAUACUAACAACGUCACCCAAAUGGAAAAAUAAACAAAGUUCCAAAACAGAAAAAAUAAAAGGCUGUUUAGUUAGAUGCUUGGUACUAGCUCCAACUAAAGAAUUGGCUCAACAAACAUAUAAGGAAGCACUUAAGUUAACAGUGAACUUGGAAAUUGAGUGUACAUCACUAGAUGAUUACGGAGAAUCUUCGAAGACUCGCGCUGAUUUAUUGGUAGCAACUCCUAAUAAACUAUUAGAAUUAUUGAAGUCUUCAAAACAUAAAAUCAACCUAUCGCACGUCGAAUGGAUUAUUUUGGAUGAAAGCGACAGAUUGAUGGAGGAAGGUAUAAAUGCCGAGAGGGUAGGCUUUAGACAGCAAAUAAAAUCUGUAUUGGAUUACUGCGGACAAGCUGAUAAUAAGAAUAGCCAUUUGAGACGAGCUAUGUUCAGCGCUACGCUAACAGAAUUAGUUUAUCAGUGGGCUAUGCAGGAAUUUAAAGAUGUUGUAAAUGUAAGGGUAGGAGCUAAAAAUACUGCCGUGACUAGUGUAAAACAAACUCUUAAAUAUUGUGGUAAUGAAGAUGGUAAAGUUUUGGCUAUUAGAGACUUAUUGUCAAAUAUUGUUGAUAAGCCGACUUUGAUAUUUGUUCAGUCUCAGAAAAGAUCUAAGGAGCUAUGGCAGCGUUUAAUGAUACAUAAGGGUGUUCCUGUUGGGGUAAUGCAUGGCGGUAUGACGCAGAAAUCAAGGGCUUUAGCUUUGGAUUUGCUUAAAGAAAGAAAACUAGCUGCACUAAUUUGCACUGACUUGAUGGCGAGGGGAAUUGAUGUUGAUUGCAUUAAAUUAAUCAUCAACUACGAUUUUCCUCAAUCUGCUUUAUCUUAUAUUCAUCGAAUCGGUAGGACCGGUCGAGCGGGACGAACCGGAGAAGCUAUUACAUUUUUUACCGACUCUGACCGUACCCUAUUACGAACAAUAGCAACAGUAAUGAAGGAGUCUGGAUGUGAAGUUUCGCAAUAUUUACUAGAGUUGAAGAAAGCUUCUAGACAGGACAAAAGGAAAAUAUCUAAAUCCGCUCCGCGACGAGAGAAGAUUCAAGAACCACAAGCAAGUAUACAAGUUCAACAAAAGAAAAAAAUAAAACCAAAAAAACGAAAAGCUACAGAAACUGAAAAACAAAAAGGAAAAACUAAGAAGCAAAGAAAACGCUAA